AUGACUCAAUAUACCGAACGCUCGAAGAAUGACAUUCCAGAGACAGCAAGCCGGUCCGGAUCAGAUGCGACCUACACAGAGUCAAAAGAUGAUCCGUUCAAUGAAACCGAUGUAUAUCAAUAUCAAAACAAGUCCUCUUACGUGGACGUAAUCGAUGUCUGCUAUUUGUCAAAUGGCCCUAAUUCGAGAGCCCCGAACGGCGGCCGAAGAGCCCAUCGUCGACUGGCUAAUGUCAUCGAAAUGUGCUCGUAUCUGAAGAAUAGCGGGAAUAGACGUGACUGUGACACUCGGAUAAUCUCCAUUUGCCAGACCUACUCUUGGGCAUCUCUCGACAUCUCGCAGGAUACACUCCAAACAAUUCUAUCUCAUUACAAUGUCUCCCGGGAAUUCACUCCAGUAUUAAAGUCUUUCUAUCCAAAGACAAUGGAACUAGAAGAAGGAUUUAUAACCUCGCCCUGGAGACGCAUCAACCAGACUUUUCCUAACGGACGUCUAGCAUAUGAAAUGGGGUACAUAUUCAAAUAUCCCGAAAUUAAAUCUGUCGACCAAACAACCGGAUUCGAGACAUGGUCUAUCCGUCAGACUGGAGUCUAUCAAAGAGUGGUGGGUGAUGUUGAUGAAGAUAAAGGAAAUAUUCUCAUCUUGUUACAUCCACGCUAUUCAUCACCGCUUCAGAAGGAGUUGGAAGCGGCCCUGGUGUAUGGAGACUCAGCAUCAAUGCUCCAUAACGCGGACGGAGAGGGGUCAAUGAUAACUAAGAAGAAUACUAGCCCUUUAGAGCUGCAUCUAUUUAUAUUGGGUACUUAUCUGUAUAACUGGCGCGCAUAUAUGAAGAAAGAAGAAGAGCUGUUAAUAAAGACAAGCUACGAAGCUUUAUGCAUCGACAUAACCGAAGAUCUACCCUUUAACGAACUUUACGAAUAUCUCUCAGGCCUGCAUAAUUUAGAAAGACGUCUUGCACCACUGAAAAGCAUCUUUUCAGCGACAAGACGAAUCCUACAACUUCUAACCAAACUAAAUGACACGUACACUCACCCCGAUAGAGUCAAUAUAAAAGAAAGACUCGAGAAUCUGGAGGAGAUGGUUAACGGAUUUGACGAUAACUUACAAUAUCUGAUCAGUCGUCUUGGAAGUAUAUCUUCCUUGCUUUCCAACACGAUUAGUCUGAAAAACGAAAACACAUCUAAUCAAGUCUCCAACAGUAUGCUCAAAUACAAUAGAUUCACGGUGGACGAUAGUGCGACUGUGCGUGUGAUUACACUGGUGACGCUGAUUUAUCUUCCUCCGACAUCUGUAUCUGGCUUCUUCAGCAUGGGUGCACUCUUCUCUGUCCAGAAUGAUGGUAUAUCGCAAAAGGCAAACACGCUAAUCACACCGUAUAUCUGGUUAUAUUUCGUAGUGGUGAUCCCUCUGACCGCGGUUACGGUGGCAUAUUGGUGGUGGAAAUCGAGGAGGCAGAGGCUAGAGAGAGGAAAGCACGAGACUUCGUUGGCUUGAUGGACUGCAAGUUUCGUUGGAAGCAGGAAUCAGACUAAAUAGGGAUAUUUAU